CAAGGUGUUCGUGAUGACCUUUUGUUGGCACCGGUCAUCAUGUGUGCGCCGGGCUGAACUUGAUUGUGCCGAGUUUCUUUCAUUUUUUUUUGCCCUUUUGUACACGAUAUGACUCAUGAACAACUCGGUAGAAGAGGACAAAACGAUACUUGUAUUAAACUUUCUCAAUGCUGGUGCUGGUGUUUUGAUUCUCUCAAUCUCUGACGUAUUAAAUAAUUCAAGAAGACUUCUUCAAGAUAUCUGGCCAUGCUGAAAGUUGCAAGAGCGGCAUCUUGGCAGACUGCCAGCAUAGUGCUGUGUACACGGUUACUGCACAGAGUGCAGCCAGCGAAACAGAAUGGAACUGCCUGUGUGACUUGCUGCAGCCGACGGAAAUCUUCAAGUUCAACAAGAACAUCUGCCACAGCGUACUUCACCGAGCCCAUAACGUCAGAAAACAUCACGUUCACGGAACGCCUGAGCAGUAAGACUAGCAGGGUGAGGCAGGAUGAACGCGCGGGACCCUUAGCUGCGUAUGACAGCCUGAUUCAUCAAGGAGAACUGACUGAAGAUGCAUAUCAGAGAACUAUAGUUCAAGAGCUUCAGGGCUUGUUUGACAAGAUAGCAGGGUAUCAGCCAGCAGAACCGAGCUUCUUUUGGAAGAUGCUCGGCUCCGCCCCAGUCGCAGGACCCAAUGGUUUAUACCUGUAUGGCAGCGUAGGAACAGGCAAGACAAUGCUGAUGGAUUUAUUCUACCAAGACGUGAAAGUCCGUCGCAAGCAGAGGGCGCACUUCAACUCCUUCAUGCUGGAUGUACAUGCCAGAAUUCACGAAGUAAAGAAGCAAAUCCCUCGGGAUCACACCAGUACUAAACCGCGACCUUUUGACCCCAUCGCACCUGUCGCUAAGGACAUUAGCCGGGAAACAUGGCUGAUAUGCUUUGAUGAGUUCCAGGUAACCGAUAUAGCAGAUGCCAUGAUAGUCAAGAGACUCUUCACGGAGCUCUUCCAAAAUGGUGUUGUAGUGGUAGCGACCUCCAACCGACGGCCGGAUGACCUGUAUAAGAACGGACUGCAGCGUAGCAACUUUGUGCCAUUCAUUCAAGUAUUAAAGAAUCACUGUAAUGUGCUGCAACUAGACUCAGGGAUAGAUUAUCGAAAAUUAGAUGCCUCUGAGAGGGGCCAGGUGUUCUUUGUGCACAGCAGGUGCAAUGCUAACGCGGAAUUGGACAGAAUAUUCCAGAGUUUGGCCAGGCAAGAAGAUGCAGUGAUACAGAGUAGGACGAUUCACUUGCUGGGCCGGGAGUUGAAAGUACCAGUAGCCUGUGGCAGGAUUGCAGUCUUCACAUUCACUGAUCUCUGUGACAGGCCAUUAGGCGCAGGUGACUACCUUGCACUAGGCAGAGAGUUUGACACCAUCUUCAUACGAGAUAUACCCCAGAUGUCACUCAGGAUCAAAUCAGCCGCCCGUCGCUUCAUCACGCUCAUCGAUAACUUCUACGACAAUAAGGUGAGGUUAGUGUGUUCUGCAGAGACGGAGCCAGAGGACCUGUUUGCUACCACUGCUCUGAGCCAACGUGACCUGGAUGACCGCAGGAUGCUCAUGGAUGACCUCAAUAUUAAACUGGAUGCAAGCAGCGGAUCAGCCAGCAUCUUCACCGGUGAGGAGGAGCUGUUUGCCUUCGAGAGGACCGUCUCAAGAUUGACCGAGAUGCAGACGGAGGAAUACUGGACCAGCACCAGGGAGACGAGAAAGACUGCAGAGAUGAAACCUGAAGACUUAUGAUGACAACUUACCCCC